AUGCAGACUACAGUGGUAGGUAGUAAGAGCACACAGAAGCUUCAGCAAUCGAGGAUACUUCAAGAUCCCAAGUUGCAUAGAUUAACCCUUUAUAUGAAGUCCGCUGAAAGGGAGCAAAUUCGUUGUCAACUCAAACGGCCCGAGGAAGGUAACUUCUCAGUUCUUGAAUACGAAGCAUUCAGACAACCUGAUGACAUCUAUGACUCCGGUGACUCCAUAUCUGACCAGACUUGA